GUACAAUCAAGUCAAAAAUCUACAGUAAUGAAGGACUCCUGCCUGCGUCGGGGCUGUUUGUAUGUUUUCUGCGGAAUAUCAUGAGGGAUUGACAUUUUAACUAGAUACCUGUAUUUUUGCGCCCUCUAGCGUCUGACAAACCUGGAAGACAGUACAGAGUGGCAACUCUCCUCACUACAAACUCUCUACAAACUCUGUGGUUUGUCCAGUAGGUAAAUGUAGAAAAUGGAAACAGCUCCACCUUCAGGCGGAGAGUGGAACUGAGCCGCCAGCAGGUCUGUUUAACCCGGACGCGGUCUGUCAGGAGGUCAGCAUGGGAAGCAGAGUCAGUAGUGGCAAAAUGGCUGCUGCCAGUCGGGUCGUGCAGGUUGUGCGUCCCCAUGCACCAUUAAUCAAAUUUCCAAAUCGGCAGGGCUUACCCAGGCCAAACGUACAAGAAGCACUAAAAUUGCUUGGUGUCAGCAUCCCGCAGUCCUCCCCACCUGCACCAGCACAGUCAGCCACACCUGCACCUAGACCUACAGGAGCCGUCAGUCGCCUGCCAGGCACGCCGGACAGCAUUGCUGUAGUUAAAGAGCUCCCACAGAGAUACCGCAGACGGGAAAUCGCAUUGGAGGAAAUGGACUACAUUCAGCGUGGCGGACCAGAGUGAUGAUGGUUCACGACACCUUACCAAAGCCAAUACCUGUGGAAAUGGUUUUUGUUGUUGCCUAACAUCUUUCCUCAGCAAGAGGAUUUGCCAGAGUUCACUUUACAGGAAUAAAACUUAAUUAUUGUUAAAAUGUACAUAGAGAUUAUUUUUAAAUGUAAUUGUAUGAUGUGUGCUGGGUCAGUCUGCUCAUUAGUUCAAGUGCUGUAUCAUGUUUACAGUACAAACUUUUUGACAUCUGAGUUUGAUUUGAGCUUUUUUCCUUAAAUACACAUAUGUGGUGCAUAAUGUCUGGAUUAAAUCAGUAUUAUAGCAUAUUAAAUACACCACUCUGCUGAGCUGCACCAUCAACACUGCAGUACACUGAUUUAAUGGGACCUUUUCCUCGUUUUGAGUUUCACCUUUUUUAAAAAAAAAAAGGAAAAACAACUUCGACAACUUCCUGCCGCUGCUGUGUUCAUCCUGUGCAGUUUGAAGGAUUCUGCAGGAUGCUGUACAUCUGGAUUAUUAAACAUUUAACAGCUUUGA